AUGAGAGCGUCGUGUUCGGCGUCAGGAGUUCGAGCCCCCAGCGCGUCGACGGCGGCGAAGCGCAAGCACGCUACCCCCUCAGCGAAUCGUCGCGAUUUCCUCGCUUUCGUCGCUUUUCUUUCGUCCUCCUCGGCGCCUGCGUCGCGAGCGCAAUUCUACAAGCGAAGCUUUCGCGAGCGAUUCGAGACGUCCAUCUCUUCCGCCACGCACGAUUAUUCCUUCGAGUAUCCGGAGGAUUGGAGCGCGGAUAUCGUGUCGUUAAAUGAUGGCAAACUCUACGGCGUCGAUACUCGCUAUAAGUCGGACACAGGGAACGGUCAGCUCGCCGUGAGUGUUUUGCCUUUCGUCGGGGCGGACGGUAUCAAAGACGCCGGGACGCCGGAGGAUGUUUUGCAAAGAUUUGAAGAGCUCAUCGGUGCCUACUGGGAACAAAAUGGUUUUGGACAACCAGGACGAACGCCAUCGUCAACGUCUGUGUCGACGAAAAACGGUGUCGAUUAUUAUCUAUACGAACUCGUGUCGCCGCACAACUUGAUUUCCGCGUGCAUCGUCGAAGGUGAACUGUAUCUCAUGGUCGCCUCUUGCGGCGCUCGGUCUUGGAAGAGCGCCGAAGGCGAUCUACGAUCAAUCGUUGAUUCGUUCAAGGUGCCACCAUAG